UUUUGAAGUGUAGCAGUUUUGAGUCCAUAAAUACCUGUGUGUAGUAGGCAAGGGCUAAGAAACCAAAACCACUUCCAUAUUUUGCAAACCCUUUUAAUCACCUGAGAGGAACUUUCAGGAUUUCGCUUAACUCCAAAUACCUAUAUAUAACAGCUUGAAGCAUGGAGCUUCCCCAUCAAAGUCAAAGUGGUGGAGGUGGUGAUGCUCAUCGUAUUGAUCAUGAAGGAUCUUCAUCUCAGAAGAGAAUGGGAAGAGGGAAGAUCGAGAUAAAGCGAAUCGAGAACACGACCAAUCGGCAGGUGACGUUCUGUAAGAGGCGGAACGGUUUGCUGAAGAAAGCUUAUGAACUGUCUGUGCUUUGUGAUGCUGAAGUCGCUCUUGUUGUCUUCUCCAGCCGUGGCCGUUUGUAUGAGUAUGCUAACAACAGUGUUAGGGCAACAAUUGAAAGGUAUAAAAAAGCAUAUUCUACUUCCACAAGCGCAGAAUCUGUUUCUCUAAACAAUAUUAUGUACCAAUAUCAGUAUUACCAGCAAGAAUCAACCAAAUUGAAAAGACAAAUCCGAGAGAUUCAAAAUUUAAACAGGCACAUCCUUGGUGAAGCACUCAGCACUCUAAGCCUUAAGGAACUAAAGAACCUUGAAAGCAGAUUGGAGAAAGGCUUAAGCAGAGUCAGAUCCAGAAAGCAUGAAACAUUGUUAGCUGAAGUUGAAUUCAUGCAAAAACGG